CAAACUAAGCCAGGGAGCAUGCUAGCAAACGACAAACUUAAACUAACAUGUUUCUAGACUUCAGUUUGUUUAACAUUGUGUUUUGUCGGAGAGGAAAGCGGGGACAGGUUGCCUACAGUUUUUUUUUUUAACUUUAAUAUAAAAUAAGCACAAGAUGAUCGAACCAGAACUUUUAACUGAGGUACCUGCCGCGUUAAAGCGACUAGCCAAGAUGGUGGUGCGGGGUUUCUACGGGGUGGAGCAUGCCUUGGCCCUGGACGUGCUCAUUCGCAACCCCUGUGUGCGCGAGGAGGACAUGCAGGAGCUCCUGAAGUUUGACCGUAAACAGCUGCGCUCCGUCCUCAACACCCUGAAAGCCGACAAGUUUGUCAAGUGUCGUAUGAGAGUGGAGACGGCCCCCGAUGGCAAGACGACGCGACACAACUACUAUUUCAUCAACUACAGGGUGCUGGUUAACGUGGUCAAGUACAAACUGGAUCACAUGCGGCGACGUAUAGAAACCGAUGAACGUGACUCGACCAACCGCGCCUCAUUCCGAUGUCCCUGCUGCUUCUCCACCUUCACCGAUCUAGAAGCCAAUCAGCUGUUUGAUCCCAUGACAGGUACAUUCCGUUGCACAUUCUGUCAAACGGAGGUGGAGGAGGACGAGUCGGUGUGUCCCGACGCCAGGACCCUGGUGGCCCGCUUCAACGAGCAGAUCGAGCCCAUCUACGUGUUGCUGCGUGAGACCGAAGACGUGAACUUGUCCCACGACCUGCUGGAGCCUGAGCCUUCAGAGAUCCCCGCCCUCAAGCAGAGCCGUGAACGGGCGGCGGCGGCGGCCGGGGCUGCCGGCGGUCAGCACCGGGAGGCCUGGUCGAACAAAGGCUCGUACGCCGACCUUUACACUCAGAAUGUUGUUAUCAAUAUGGAGGAGCAGGACGACCAGCAGAAGCAAGUUGGCGAGGGCAAAGCACCCAAGGAGAGACCCGUCUGGUUGACCCAGAGCACAGUGCAGGGUGCUUACAGCGACACUGAUAUGAUGAAGAACCAGGACGACAUGCCCGCCGGGAUCCAGGACGCGGCAGCUCAUCCUGGAGCCGCCCCGGCCGACGAGAACGAAGAAGUGAUGCAGGCCCUGCUCAUCCACGAGAAGCGAGCCGCGGCGGGACCGGGCGUAGGCGGGGCCAACGCCGCCGCCAGGAAGCUGGUGUCCGCCUCGGCCAACGCCAGCGACUCGGACAGCGACACCAGCGAGUCCGACGAAGACGCGCCCUCCGCCCCUCCCCCUCGCGCCGCCGCCGCCGCCGCCCCCCACCGCAGGGCGGAGGAGGAAGAGGACGACGAGGAAUUUGAGGAGGUGGGAGACGAGCCGAUGGUGACGGUGGGAGGACGCCCCUUUUCUUACCGGGAAGUGAGCCAGCGGCCGGAGCUGGUGGAACAGAUGUCCGCCCAGGAAAAGGAGGCCUACAUUGAGAUGGGACAAAACCUCUUUCAGGACAUGUACUUUUAAAUCCACUUUUUUUUUUUUUUUUUUCCAUGACAUACAGUACAGGCCAAAAGUUUGGACACACCUUCUCAUUCAAGGCGUUUUCUUUAUUUUCCUGACUAUUUACAUUGUAGAUUGUCACAUCACAACUAUGAAUGAACACAUGUGGAGUUAUGUACUUAACAAAACAAGGUGAAAGAACUGAAAACAUGUUUUAUAUUCUAGUUCAGGGGUCCCCUAACCACAGCGUCCAAAAUCCGGCCCGUGGGAAGUCUUUGGUUAAAAAAAAAAAGUGUUUUUAUAUUUUAUUAUUUUUAAAAAUCUGUCUUUUCUAAUCCAUUUUCUACCGCUUGUUAGUCUCAGUGUCUCCUAUAGCUGCUCAGGCAAAGAAUAUUGUCUAAAAAUUAAUUUUCCCAUCGAUAACGUGACAUCAUCGCU